CCCUUCCCCAGCGCGGAACCGCCGUGGCGGGAGCGGAGCGCGGUGAGAGCGGGGCGGGGGCAGGGUGGUGCGGAUCCGGGCUAGGGAGACACCGAGGGCACCGCCAGAUCGUGGGGACCCGGACUAAAGGGAGUGACCCCAUUUCCCUGUAGGAUUUUCUAUCCCGAUGGCGAGGGACGAGCGAGCGACGCUGCUGGAGGUGCACCUGGCGCUCCCGGAGGAGCAAUUCCAUAGUCUGAAGUUCCUGCUAGAAGGGCAAAUUCCUGCCGGGCUUCUGCUCCCGGCAUCACGUCCCGAGUUGUGCCGGAUCCUCCUCCAGCGCUUCCCGGGGAAUUCCCUGCGUGUGACCGCCAGGAUCCUGCGGCAGCUCGGCCGCCUCGACCUCAUCCAGCACUUCCAGCUGCCCCUUGAAGAGCAAAUCCCGGAGGAAUCUCCCUGUGAACCUAACGGGGACACCCCCAAGGUGAGGGGGGACCCCACUUCAGGAUGUCGUCCUGGUGGGAUUCCAGCUCCACCGGUGAAUCCUCAGCGCUUGACGGAGAAGGAUUUGAUGCAAGUCGCCCAGAGAUUGGGAAAAGAGUGGCAGGAAGUGGGAAUUCUGCAUCUAGGGCUGGAGCGGAGCCGUCUGGAGCAGAUCCAGGAGGAAAAUCCUGGCAAUCCUGUCCUGUGGAAUUUUGAGAUGCUGCGGGAGUGGCGGCGACGGGAGCGACAGGAGGCCACAGUGUCCCAGCUCCGAUCCUGCCUUGAGCAUGCCCGGCUUGAUCCCGGAAUCCUCGACUUCCUCCAGAGCCUCCAGGGAGACUGA